CAUACUGUGUUGUAACCGUGAUCACUGAAUUAAAAUUGAUAACCGUUUUGUGGUCGGGUAGAAAGCGUCGUUGAUUCCGUUCAAAGUUCUUCUACACUGCUAAUAAUGUCUUCGCAGGAUUACAGAUACGAUAAGGAACAUCCACGAAGUUUAAUUCCCGAAUUAUGUCGACAAUUUUACGAUUUAGGAUGGGUUACUGGUACUGGUGGCGGGAUAUCUAUUAAACAUGGAGACAAAAUUUAUAUUGCCCCAUCUGGUGUACAAAAAGAACGAAUUACUUCAGAUGAUAUGUUUGUACAAGAUAUUAGUGGAAAUGACUUAGAAGUUCCUCCAAAAGAGAAAAGAUUGAAAAAAUCACAGUGUACCCCACUAUUUAUGUGUGCAUAUACAAGAAGAAAUGCAGGUGCUGUAAUUCAUACUCAUUCCAAGUUUGCUGUAAUGGUGUCAUUACAUUGGCCUGAUAAAGAAUUUCGUGUUACUCAUCUUGAAAUGAUAAAAGGCAUAAAAAAUCAAAAAUUGGGAAGGGCAUAUCGUUAUGAUGAAAAACUAGUAGUACCAAUAAUAGAAAACACUCCAUUUGAAGAAGAUUUAAAAGAGGAAUUAGAUAGAACUAUUACUGAUUAUCCAGAAACAUGUGCUGUAUUGGUAAGAAGACAUGGUAUUUAUGUUUGGGGUGAUACAUGGCAGCAAGCAAAAACUAUGGCGGAAUGUUACGAUUACUUAUUUGACAUAGCUUUGCAAAUGAAAUUAAGUGGACUAGACCCAGCUGCAAUUCCAGAAGAUUACGUAUUACGAUACUAA